AUGGCAAAAUGCAAUACCGAAGAAAGUACGGAUGGGAACAUUGCACAAACAUACGGUGAGAAUUGUUCAAACGAUUGUAGGUUGCGACACUGUUUCAAUUCCAUGUCACUCUGUCAUCACAUUACUGGUAAAUGUGAUCAAGGCUGUGCAGCAGGAUAUCAGGGUGAUGAUUGUACUCAAGACUGCAUAGAAUCUAUAAACUAUGGAGUGAAUUGUAAUAAGUUUUGUAAAGACAGAAAAUGUCUUGAAUCAUCAUCAUCAUGUGAUAUAAGAAAUGGUAAAUGUGAAGGAGGGUGUAAACCAGGUUGGAAGGGUGACGAUUGCAGACAGAGUAAGUUGAAUAUUGUCCUAAGUUAG